AGUAACGGCUAUAUGAGAAUGGAAAAUACAAGCGUCGGAGAGUUGAUAUAUUUCGUUUAGUAAAUAUAAAGCGAAUUAAUUAAUAUUUGAUGGCUGCCGAUCACGUCAGUUUAAGCGAAUUAUCUGAAUUUCUCGACGACAGUGAUGGCCACCGCUUGGCACAAUUUUUGCAGAAAAAGAGUGGUGCAGUACAACCGGGUCGUAGGCGUAUAUUUGAUUGCGAACCUGAACGGUUUAGCUUGAAUGUACGCCUAAGGCGAAUAAGUUCUCCUCAUCCACCGGUAAUUAGAGAUCCGCCUAUUGUGGAUGUUGUAAAUAAUUGUAUAAAAGAAGGUCCUGUCUGUAGUGAAGAGGCACAGGGGGAGGACGAAUUACAACAAUCAGAAUCCCCAAUUUCAAAAUGUGCUGAUAUCAAAUUGGAGAUAUCAAACCAGGAGUUGCGGGAUUCGCGGACGUCAGUUUCUGAAACGAGCCGGCAAUCGGAAAUAUUUGAAGAAGAUGUUCAAUUACCCAUAAUAUGUGAACAAACUCAACGACCAGAAACAACAUCUAUGCCAGUAUCGCCGGAAUCUAGCCCACAACGUUUGCCAGAAAAUAGUGUUCAACCGUUAGCGGCCAUCGCUGAACAACAAAGACCAUGUUGCACGCCUGUACCAUCUUUUCUUUCGCAGCCGGGCACCCCUCAUUCAGUAAGACGGCAAUCGCUGCGUUCACCUCUAGCAAAGAUAUCGCGAUCCGGGGCCGUACGAAGCGAAAAUCACCUAAGGCGUCAAGUGCUGCAAGGGCUAUCAAAUAAGGGUAACUAUGGCAGGCGCAAUCUACUAAAAGGAUUCGAAAACACGCUUAGUUCGCCUGAUUUUGCGCCACAAAUAUGUAGUACACCAAUGCAUCAUAAACCAGCAAAAACGUUGGAAACAAUACCACCACGCAGAAGUAAUGUGCCAACUGCGGACCAACCGAUGCAAACUGCAGAACAUAAUUCGAUUCCUGGCACGUUACAGCCUUCAGAAAAUGAACAUAUGACCCAAAAAGAUUUGCCAAGCAUUCGAGAUAUGAUUGCAGAAGCGCUGGAGGGGGCAGUAAAACAAAUGAAAAGUAUCGAAAAUACAAUGGUUCGAAUUGAAGCAGCUCCUGAGUCGGUUGGACAUUCCAAUGUAUUGCCGCAGACACAAGAGCUUUUGCGGCAGGCGCAAGCUCAUAUAUCUACAAGUCAUCCAGUAAAUAAGAGCCAAGAACCAAAUACUCAGGAAUUGCUGCAUGAAGUACAGAAGGCACUUAUAUGUAUACAGAAGUCCCAGUCACAAGUACCAAAGAUUGUUAUACCCGUGAACCAGACUUUUAAUAACGCGCCGACACCAUCAACAAAACAACACAAUGAUAAAGAACACGUAUCGCUUAGUGAUGGUCUUCAUCGUACACACGAAACUGAGAAUGAGCAGACGUUAGUCAACACUAUGAUACGAAAUAAUAGCCCAUCAAAGUGUCAUGGUACUUUCAUGCGCUCUAACACAAUAAAUUAUAAAGUUUCGACUGAUUCAGUACGAGAUAAUAACAUAAUCACUAAUAAUAGUCAUUCACAUGAAUCUCAAUGGCAAACUUUUACGAAACCAAAUACACAUACUGAGAAAGUGGUCGUGUCUGCAUUGAGAGAGCCUAGUCGGAACGAAUGCCGCAGUCCGUUGCGGCCAAUAAAUCAGGAAGCAUAUACAGAUAACAAUCGAACACAGAACGAAUGUCGCAACUCGGUGCAACCAGUAAAUCAAAUAAUAACAUCUACAAGCAGCAAUCAAACUCUUACCCAAACAAGGACAGAAUCGAAGAAGGUUCACGAAUUGAUUGAAAACCCAUGUGCUAAUUCAGUAGCUGAGAAUGAGAGCCCUCUACCACCGGCCAGACGUAAAUCCUUAAACAAUGAACAUUUGGUAACGGAGCCAACUACACAUCGGAAUUUCGGCGAUAAAAGCAACCUUGCUAGGAAAACGGCAGAACUCUCAACUACUGAAGUGGCUAAUUCCCCCCUAAUCACUGAAGAUGAAGAUGAAGGUGACACCAUUUAUUUGAUGAACAAAAAACGGGUCUUAAGGAAGAGCGGUCCACUUAACCUUGCCACCGAAAAACACCAGCCGGCUGUACAUAGUCGGCUCACAACCAAACGCACAUUACCAAGUCGACCUACAGCCACACCUUUAAUAACCAGCAACACACAGACAGAUCCCGGACCACCACCUGCGCAUCCACUUAAUUUACAUCAUUCGAAGCGAGGGCAAUCCACAACGCGAAAACAACCGAAGCGUCCAUUAAAUAAGCCACCAAAUACUCCAAAAAAUGGUGAGAAGUUUGCGGAGGAGUUGAAAGCACAAUUAAAACGUUUGACUAAUCUGGAAAUACUUGAUUUGCGUAAGCGUAACUCACUCGGUCACACGUUAAUAAGGCCUACACCCUUACAAAAAUCUACUGCUGAUAUGAAGCAAGCUUUGCAAGAGAAAUUACAAAUCGAGGAGUGUAUUCAAUAUGAAAUUUUGCGUAGAGACUUAGUGGGUGAAUCACAUGGACUACAUGAGGAAGUGGAGGAAAAUGAAAACGGAGAUGUUACAGUAGAGUGUGAAAUUGGCGAUGAUUUGAUAUUUAAUGAACUACCAUCAGCACCCGACGUGUUUAAGGAUAAUGCAAUCACAAACGUAACCAGAAGUAAAUCGACGCUUUCGCAAUUGAUACGGAGAUCACGCCACAGUUCCUCACUAGUAGGUGAUAACAGCACUGAACGUGUGUCCUUUCUGUCACCGACGACAAUUAACUAUAACACAACACAAGACAAAAAAUGUCGUAACCGAAAAAAGAAGGAAGAACAGUUGCCUGAAAUAACACAAAAAUAUUUGGAAAUACAUAAAAAGAGCAAAAGACGGAAAUCAAACAUAUCAAAGCGUUCGCUAUACUCGAAGGGAGACUCUGCACCUGAGGAUACAGGACCCGCCGUCAAUGUGUCACCCGAGAGGGAGAAUUGCCCUUCUUCGACAAUAGAGCCACUAUCGUCGCCACCUACUGUUUCAAAAAUCUGUAGUUUGCAUAUACCGUCACCUCCUCCGCCAUUUCAUAUUUCACCGACACCAAGUAGAGCGCCAUCACCAAACCUACCACUCGUUGUUUCACCCAUACCGCCACCACCGUCAUUUGCAGUAUCAACAGCGCCAAUGGACGAAUGCAUAUCACCGCCAGCGCCGUUUUUGUACAAUUGUUCCGAUAAUAAUCGUAGUGGAAAAUCGACGGGCUCUUCGGUAACAAAAACUGCAACACAGGUGGCAUGUCAAACAGAUGACGACGCUUUAUUCAAAAGACCAACAGUGCCUGUGCCGCGUGUGUUGCCUAAAGCAAAAGCCAAAGGUGCUAAGAAGGCACGAACCAAUGUGACUGCUAGCAACGAUGCUAUUGCAACCGAAACACAACCCUCGGAUAAAGUAGAGUUGCGUCGAUCAAAGCGCGGACAAGUACCAAUAAAGACAAAUAACUUUUUGAUAUCAUUAUAUAAACAAGUCCAAGAUCGUAGGGAUAGAAACAACGAAAAACGUAAGAUGUCUAGAUAUUUAUCGUCAGACGCCUGUAACGAAAUGUCAAUGCCAGCUGCCUCCAGCACUGUAAAUAAUACUAAAGCAAAGGCAGGAGGGCGCAGCAAUAGAAAGAAGAAAGUCACACGAACGUUUAGUUACUUAGGUGAAACAAAUACAACAUCGGAGACGGUGCUCACUAGGAUCAGUAGGAUAGAAAACAGUAGUGCGAAUCAGUUGCAAGCGAUUGCUGAAGCACGCAUGGAAUCUGAUAGUGAAAUCGUUGCUGAAGCAAAUGCAGUGUACUCACCAGCGACAACUGACAGUGAAACAUUCCCAACCAACACUCAAACAAAGAAAACGAAGGCACCAGCAAAGAAAAGAGGAAAGCCAAAAGAAAAGCGGAACAAUGCAAAUGCUGUGUCCUCACCAGCGACAACUGACAGUGAAACAUUCCCAACCAACACUCAAACAAAGAAAACGAAGGCACCAGCAAAGAAAAGAGGAAGGCCAAAUGAAAAGCGGAACAAUGCAAAUGCAGUGUCCUCACCAGCGACAACUGACAGUGAAACAUUCCCAACCAAUCCUCCAUCAAAGGAAACGAAGGAACCAAAAAAGAAAAGAGGAACGCCAAAAGGAAAGCGGAACAAUCCAAAUCAAAAACAAAAGCAAACAGAUGCAGUGGCAGAUUUUGAGUUACAAGUACAAAAAAAUACGGCAACGGCAACGGUAACGGCUGCAACAGCAGCAACACAGGCAGCGGCAGUAGUAGAUGAGUCAAUGGAAUUGCCACGAAAUAGCCGGCCAGAGAACGUUAUGGAAACAGAAAAUCGAAUAGGCGUUUUAGAGUGUAGUCGUGUUUCUUUGCCUAUACCGCCACCAUUGGAUAAACUCAAUGAAAUGUUCGAUCAGUUGAAAAACGCAGCUAAUAAUUCGAGUGAACAUACAACUCCGACACCAAUGAGCACCUCCGACUCAUCAUCAAGCGUAACAAGAAGUAGUCGUACACGCCGCCUACGUGUACGUUUAAGGCGUUUGCGUGAUAACACAACAAGUGCGACAACAUCAAAUGCACCGACACCACAACCUGCCUCAACUUCUACACAAGCAGAAAGCGCCCGAGAUGAAUUGUCGUCGUGGCUGAAGAAUGUAGGCUAUUUGCGAUCUGCCACUAACACAGGUGGACUCUUUAUGGAUAUGCGUACUUCUACUGCUGGUAACCUGUUUUUCACAGAAUUAGACGGUAUCGACUAUGCGUUUUACGAUACGCAAAAUAGUAAUAUAGGCUAUUUGCGAUUCAAGCCGCUGCAGAGCAAGCCUUUGAAGCGGACUAAGAAAUAUCCUUUGCAAUUUGUUGUAUUUUCAGGACUAUUUUCAUUUAGCACGGAUCGGGAUCAUGCCACACUUGGUAUAGGCGAUAUGGUAUCUAUCAAUAUUGGAUGCCGUUAUAAAAUCGAUAAUCUGGAAGAAGAUAUUGGUAUAAUAAUGGUAUUUAGGCAGUAGUGGAGAUGCGCUUGCUUUUUUGUUUUUAUAGUGGUCAGUGGCGACCGCUAUAAUUCGAUCACAGAUAGAUACGUUCCCGAAUUGAUUUUGUUUUCUUUCCAAGAGAGAGAAAACAAAAUCAUUGCGUCGAUGUCAAUUAGAUACAUACAGGCGCGUUAUAUAUAAUUCACACACAUCAAUUAAAGCAGUGAGGUCGCAUUUUCUUUUCUUAAGCAUAUUUUCAGUUUUAAAUAUAUUUUGUAUAAUAAUUACUCCUAUUAUUAUAUUGUAUUCUAUAAUAUAGUAGUUUUUUUUUUGUUUUGUUGUUUUUUUUCGAAGAAAAUUUAGACAGCAUAUUUUCUAUUGUAAAUGAAAAAAAAAUAAAAACAUGUCUAAAUGCUGUAAAAGUU